GAAGCAUACCUUAUUAUCUUAUCUUAUCAUCGUAUUCCCUUUAUUAUUGACAGUCACAUAAAUAAAAGUAAUGAGUGUUUGAGAAAGAGAAAGAGAAAGGAACACACUAAGCAGAUAUGGAUGGGAUGCAAAUAGCUCUACCUAUUGUUGGAGUUAUUGCGGCUGCAGCUGCGACCUUCUAUGCAGUAAGCUUUGCUGAACUUAGAGAGAAAUCGUUUAGAGAUUUGGAAGAAUCUGAAUAUGAAGAUGGGGUUUAUAGGCCAUCCCCUAGCUCCCGAGAGAGGCGUGCCAGAAGACAAGCUAACAAAAAUAACAAAAGAUGAAUGACUUCAUUCAAUCAUCUAUGCUUUUCCCAAAGGUGUGGUGUGGUGGAAUUGCUUCCACGGGACCGUUUUUCUAUCUUCUUUUUUUAAUUUUAAAAAGUUUCCAAAUGAGAUAUACUUGUCUAUUUAGUUUGGUUGGCUUUCAUUUUCUUUCGUGUUUCGUUAAUUAAUUCGUAUUUAUUUUGCUACCAUGAUAAACCCCAACUUUUGUUUAAGUCUCAGCCUCUGAAUAGCGAUGUUAUGCCAUUAUGUGUAUGGUGAGGGACUGAGAAUGAUCAAAUUGUUUUUUAAAAUACAUUCU